AUGGCUCUUUGUGCCACUACAAAAUGCAUUUACGUUAUUGUUAAUAGUGAAACAUCGGGAAGAAAACAAACAAGUGGAAAACAAAUAGUAAAAAACAUUGUAAAGGGGCAGUUCUAUCAGUCGCUAUUGUUAAUUUUAUUUGCCGGUGAUGUAAUUGAAAUGCUGUUAUUAAAUCUUGAUCCUAUAUGGACAAAAGUUUAUUUGACCACGGAUGCUACAUCAUUUGUACUAGGAGGAAUCGUGAUUAAUGCUGCAGAGAAAAAGGCAGAAGAAAAGGCAAAGAGAAAUUCAGUUGUGGGUGGCCAACAACUACAAACUAGAGAAGGCCCUACUACAGUUUGA